GUAUCUGUGACGUUCCUACAACUAAUUGCACGUCCUAUACACAAUAUACAUUUCGGAGUGUAAUAAGUGACCAUUGAAAUUAGGUUACUUAUCUGUCAAACUAGUUUUACAAAUGCAGCUAUUAUAUAUAUAAAGCCUGCAAUUAUAUUCUUGAUUCCUACAAUACGUAUUUACCACACCAAAGUAAUAUGGUCAUUAUGGAGAAUUCUUAUUUAUUACAAGAAAUGUGGGAGAAGAUAAACAAAUAUCAUCUAAGUUAUUUGGAAAUGGAGGAGAGUUCAGAGAAGAUUAAUCAACGUCUUAAGCUUGAAGAUGUUAUCAAAGACUUCCUGUGUAUGGCAAGUCACAAUCAGAAGUUCGUUUCUGAAGUUACUGCUGAUGUGCUGGAAAUGUCAGCAAAUAAAAAAAAGGAUUUUAGUGCCUACAAAGCUGCAAAUGGUUGGAAUACUAUACAAAUAUAUGCAGGCAACCUCCUGUCACAACCAUGGAGAAAAGAAUAUCGACAAAUUAAGACAUAUUCUGGAGUGUAUAAACAUCAAAUUCAGGCAAAUUUAGAGGGAGCAGAUCUGAUAUUCGAAACAAUGGGUUACAAACAUGAUGGAAAUGGUGUUUUAAUUCUGGAGGGACCUAUUUGUCCAGAUACAGUUACCAAUGUUUCCAGAGACUGCUUAGUUGCCUAUGUGGAAUGUCAGAUACUAAAAAAGAUAUGGGAAGGCGUGACCGCGACCGGUUUGAAGACUUCCUGGCAAGAUGUAUUAAACGUUCGUAAAAGUCACUUAUGCAGCCCUGAAGAAUGCAUCAGAAGCCUCAGUCACCGACUCCAAGCAAGCCAUUAUAACCAGGAUCAUCAGAGGAGCUACUCCCAGGGAUCUGGUCAGGACUAUUUGGCUGCGGCUGCAAUGCCUCAACGUGAACUCUUUGUUUCCACAACACCAAUGCAACAUCCUAUGAAUCAGUCAUUUCCGCCCUUAAGCAAUCAUCAAACAAUGCACCAUCACCCAAUGCCACCUCCCUUAAUGUCCACUCAACCGUCUUAUGGAUACGGAUGUUAUCCCUCUCCCGGUUAUACCACUUACGGUACGCCGCAUGUAAUGGUUCCCCCUACGCAAUAUGGCUACACAAUGCCAAAUAUGAACCCAAUGUAUAUGAAUGGCAGUUAUGCAACUAUCCCCAAUGGUUACCCUAUUCCCAACUAUUUUCAAGUGCCAACAGGUCAAUUGAUUGAUGUGGAUAAUCAGAACGGUGGCGGUUACGAUGUGGUGGACAAACCGACACAUUCAAAAUACAGACACACAAUUAUCCAAGAAACUCCAAUAGAGAUGCCUAAAAAUAAACCACGAGAAGAAAUAAAACCCUCGAAUAAUAGAGACUCAGACAAGGACGACUCCCAAUUCGAAAAUUGGGAUUACGUGUAUAGAAAUUUAGAAAGUAAAGGAUAUUCGAAAGAUGUGGGUGAACGAGGCGACUUGUUAAGUCCAAACAAUGACAAGAGAAUACCGAGUAGAGACUACAAAAAAGUGAAAACUUCUAAUUUGGAUGAGUUACUUAAUAACGUUACGUUAAAUGAUCGGCAGGACAGACCGCUUAACGUAACGGAACCAAUAGACAAAUACGACAGAGAACGAAAACUUCAAGCGACUUUAGACGUAAAACAAGAAAGACGAAGUUCACAGGGUAGUUCCUACGAGAACGUCACUUAUGAACCUGCCAAGAAGGCAUCUCAAAUGAAACCUACAUCUAACGUUGUGUCCAAGACCAAAACGUUACCAAAGGAGAAGAACAUAACUAAAGAAUUACUUCCAAACAAGACUUUCCCAAGUAAGACCCUUGACUUGAAGAAGAUCAAAGAGGACAAGAAGAACAAAGAAAAAGAAGCGCAACCGCUGGGCGGCGACAAGAAGUGGCAAUGCAGGGCGUGCACUUUCCUCAACGAAAACUGCAAAGAUAUUUGUGAGAUGUGCAGCAAAACCCGAAAGAAUUCUGAAUCGGAACCGACGAUGGAGAUUGGCGGUUCUGAAUGCGAGAAGUGCACGCUUGUAAACAAAAAGGAUGUCAAAAUUUGCGUGGCUUGUGGUGCAAGUCUUAAGGACUCUGCAACUUACAUUUAAACAUGCAAUGACAACACUGACAAUUGCACAAUUAAAUCGAUUAGUGGACAGUGAGAUUACAUUUUACUAACGAUUACGAGUGAUAUGUAAAAAAAUUACAGUAAUUAUACCAUAUUAAUUUUAAUUUUAUUUAGAUGUACAUACAGACAUUUAAACUUGUAUUAUACACCAGAUAUACUAAUUUAUUUAAAAAUUUUUAGAAAACAAUAUUGAUUUUAAAUAUUUUUAUUAGGAAUUUUAAAAAAGUAUUUAUGCAUACUUAACCUGAACUCUCUUAAUAUAUUACUCCCGGAUCAAAUUUGUUCCUCUUUUUAUUUACAAUCUGUGAUUAGUUUUUUACAUGUGAAAGUCUUGCCAUUCUAAGUAGUGGAGAUGGAAACAAAAGUCUUUUUACAGUUAUAUUAAGAGAGGUUUUCGUAUGUAAACUACGCUUAUUUUAUUAAAUCAUUUUUAUAAUAGUGCUGAUAAUAAAUACAAAUAUGUAAUUUUAUUUGAAGAACAAUUAAACCAUAUUUUUGUAAAUGUGUUUGUCCUUUUUAUUUUAAACUAUAAUAUAUUAUAUAAAAGCGAAUGUAUUUACCAUGUCUACUUUUGUUGUCUGUUUCCGAAAAAAUUACGAUAAUCUGGUUUAGAUGUUCUUUAUUAUAACAUCAGGGUAUUGAAAAAAUUACUCUAUGAUUAUUUGAGCACAAAAUAUAUGUAUAAUAAUAUCUUGUUUUUUAGUCAAAUUAUUAAAAUUUGUCAUGGCUAAUUCUAAUGUAAAUAAAUUAUUUAAAUAUUGAAAAAGUUUAUAAUACAAUGUUAUUUACUUCA